AUGGUGGAAUUUCCCCAACAAACGACGCGAUUAGCGUUCGCACGAAUCCCGCAGGUAAAUCCGAAUCCAGAUGAAAUCACGCGAAAUUGGGAAUUUCCGUUAGGGAUUUGGAAUGAGGAGAACUCUUUGUUACCUCGCCAGCAAACGGCGGCGUUACCGUUACCCGAGGCGUUGACGCUUCAUUUGGGUGUCGCCAACGGCGAUGGAGGUCAGGGGAGCCGACGCGUCGCCGUAGAUCCUCUUCGGGGCGAAGGUCGUGUUCCAGCAGAGGAGGCUGAACCCGCCGGAGCGGAGGCCGCAGAGGGUGUCGCGGCCGCCAGAGACGGCGUCGAAGGAGAUGGUCGGGAGGAUCGGGGGGAGGAGUCGGCCGUCCCGCCAGCAUUGGACUUGCUGGACGGGCUGCUGGGCGGCGACGGUGCAGACCGCGGUGGCGGAGCCGUAGACGACGGCGAUGGUGGCGGAUGUGGCGCCGAGGGCGUGCGCGGACGGCGGAGGCGGAGGAAGACAGAUUGCGGCGAGGAGGAGGAGCAGGAGGGAGGCGGUGGCGGCGGCGGAGGAGACGGGGGGCGUCGUCGUCAUGUAGAUGGCGCCGCUACUGCCGCCAUGGAAUUUAAUGGAGAGAGAGAGAAAGGAGCAUAA